AUGCCCGUAACGGUUCCUUCUACUACACCUGCUGUUCCUUUACCUCCAACAAAUCCAACCAGUUCACCGGUUCCGGUCUUCAAUCCAGCUACAACACCUUCAACUGUUCCAGGUGCGCUAGCCAGAAUACUCCUGCCCAACUCCCAACCAACUAGCCUAACCUCAACUGCAGCACACCACUACCUUUGCUUUAGACCCUCAGAUACACCAACCAUUGUAGCGGUUCCUUCCACAAAUCCUGUCACGAUUUCCCCUACAAAUCCAGCUGCAAUGCCCGUAACGGUUCCUUCUACUACACCUGUUGUUCCUUUACCUCCAACAAAUCCAACCAGUUCACCGGUUCCGGUCUUCAAUCCAGCUACAACACCUUCAACUGUUCCAGGUGCGCAACCAGUAACCAACCCUGUAACGUCUUAUCCACCUCCAUCGGGAAGUGUUCCUGUUCCUGUCAUAAACCCUCCUUCAAACACAAAUGCUCCUUCUGUUCAGGGACAGAGUUGGUGUGUGGCGAAAGCAGGUGCUCCACAAGCCUCCCUUCAAUCAGCACUGGAUUAUGCUUGUGGAAUGGGUGCUGAUUGUUCUCAGAUAGAGCAGGGUGGGAGUUGUUUCAGUCCAGUCACUUUGCAGAGUCAUGUUUCUUUUGCUUUCAAUAGUUACUAUCAAAAGAAUCCAGCUCCAACAAGUUGCGACUUUGGAGGCGCUGCCACCUUAAUUAACACAAAUCCAAAUUCUGGUUCUUGCAUUUUUCCAUCAUCAUCGUCGUCGUCAUCCUCGACGCCAACGAUAUCAUUCCCAACACCACCUACACAAUCAACUCCAACUGCAAUACCACCACCAAGUCCAAUAAAAACGGCACCAUCAAUUCAAACAGCUCCAUCAUCAAUUCCAACGGUUCCACCAACAUCUUCAGGAUCGAGAACAGGAACUUUCGGCUAUGGUACUCCGCCUUCAGUGUUAAAUUCAAGCAGCCCAGAUUCAGGUGCAAUGCCAGAUCUUGGAUCCGAUAGCCCUCCAGUUGUGAACACAACAUCUGCCUCACACCCUCGAGCUCUAAAAUCUUUUACUGGCUGCAUAAUUUUGAUGAUUCCAUUCGUCACUGCCAGACACAGCAUGCUGAUAAGCCAAGGAAAAAGAUAUCCCGCAGCGGAGAGUCCAAACAAAGCCCUGCGAAUCAUAUUUUACAAGGAUGAUGUAAGUGAAGGACAUUUUUAUCAAGUUUUACUCUAUGAGUUGGACGCAAUCCGGAAGGCAUGUGCUCCCUUAGAACCAAACUGUCAGCCUCCAGUAACUUUCAUCAUUGUACAAAAACGACACCAUACUCGGUUAUUUCCAAACAACCAUAGGGACAGUAAUUUCGUGUAUACCGAAUGA